UUGAGAUUGGACGAAACACUUCUAGGCUGGAUUGUUGGUGAAAACUGUUCUUUUGAUGCAUCACACACACCAGUUGGAUCUAAACGCCUGCCAUGCAAGUAAGCAUGUGUUGCAUUCCAGAUGCAAAAGUGGCGUCCUGAGUUGUUUCUUGAUCAUUUGUCCGGAGUCCAGACUGAAGAUGCAGGAAACCUUCUUCUGGAGCGUUUUGGAUCAGAAAAGAAAACACUUCUAUUGGAAAAUAGAAUCCUUUCGGCUCAGAAGGCAGAAGACCUUGAGAUCGAUCCUUGCUUCUACAUAGUCAUGGGUGGUGGCGCAUCAAGUCAGCUGAAGGAUGCCAGCCCAGAGCAAGUGCAAGAGACCUUCAAAACACUCAGCUCAGAGGAGCAGAAGAAGGUGGCAGAUGCUUUGGCCCUGAUUGGUCAAAACUCGGGCGAUGCUCCGACUCCAGGUCUCAGUGAGGAACAGCGGACCAUGCUGAAAGCUGCAUACGCAGACAUUGACACCAACAAAUCCGGAACCAUCGAAGUCUCCGAAUUCAAGAGUGUGAUGCAGAAGAUGAAGGUGCAGCUUACGGAUGCCCAGAUUGAAGGUGUUUUCAAGCGUGCUGACUUGAACAAGGAUCAGAAGCUCAGCUAUGAUGAGUAUGAAAGGCUUGUGGUCAAAGGCUUGUAUGAGGCAUAGCUGCAGAUGGAGGCAGAAUCAGCAUCCCCUGCACAGCACUGCGAUUGUGCAUUUCGCUACAGACACACAUAAAUGUGAGACACCACCUGUUCGCACAUUUCCACUCUGGGAUCACAGACCUCAAGAUAAAACAUCAGCGGCGACAAGCCUGGAAGGCAUGCAACCAAAUCAACGGUUCCCACUAGUUCCUCAUGAUGUUGUAGCAUGCCAGGGUCUAUGGAGGAUUCAAUGGGCGAGACGUGAGCAGCUUGAUGUAUAGAACUCAAGAAUCUGACUUCAAAAUCAUAUGUUGCAGUGAACGCCUUUAGUAACAAGCGCAUCGCCCGCUACUAGUAGCAAGAAGCUACUAGUAGCUCCUGGCAUUACUACUAACAAGAAGCUCCUGGCAUUACCUGUGCUCAAGGAAGAAUUGUUCGAAGUCAGGCUGGAGAUGUCACACCCAAGAGUGGUGACGUCCAUUUGACAACGACGUCUCGAGAGCAUCGUGCUGGGAGUUGAUUGACUGAGGAUGGCUGACAGGCCAAG